AUGUCGUCUGGCGAAUUCUCCGGAGCCGAGGCAGAAUCUGCAUACAACGACCUCAAGCGACUGAUCCCGGCGCUCGCCCUGGAGCUGGACCAUUUGCGUGCGGCACUGCGGGAGCACAACCUCUGGCUCCAGCGAUACGGCCACACGGCGAGCGUCGAUGCAAGCAGCGACUUCUACGCGCCCCCAGACACUGCACGCGCGGGAGCAAACGACCCGGAGCUGCCCGCCUACUCGGCCUCAGAUGUCCCGCCCUACUCGUCCGGGCCCAGAGUUGCCCCGGCUGAGACGGGCACCAGGGACGAGGUGCAGCAGCGUCGCGACCAGCUGGUUGAAUGGCUGGCGGAGGGCGAGGACACUCUGAGGGAGUACUCGAACCGGUUCGCCCAGCUGGCGCAGGAGGCGAACAUGCCCCCGGAGGACCUCCUGGGAACCUGGAGUGAGGCCAGUCCGGAUAAUGCUCUGCCCGACUAUGAGAGGAUCGAGCCCAAUGAGGAGCGCAUGGUCGGUGGUGUUGGUGAGGUUCCCCCGCCCUACGUGAGGGGGCCCGCGAUGUCCAAGCGACAGGAAUGA